CGGGUCGAAGAUUAGAAAUACAGAAUGUGUAUCAGAGAGAGAGAGAGAGAGACGUAUAAAUGAGAGAGGAAGAAAAUAGAGAAUGAGUGAACUCUAGUAGAAAGUGCAUAAGAUUGAGGAAGGAUAUUGUUGUAGCAGGUAGGAUUGUGAUGGUAAAAACAUGUAUUAUCGCAGAUAAUACAUUGAAGGGUGAUGAUGGUGCUACAGAUGGUAAUGAUGACGACGACGAUGACCACGGAGAACUGACUUUAACCGUAAAAAAAAAAAAAAAAAAUUAUGCGUUAUAUAUUUUUUCCUUCGCGCUGUUUGCCUUAAUACAGGUAUGUAUUGUAUAACCAUCUGGACAGAACAAUCAUUCAUUAUGGUAGUGGACGAGUGACAACAGCAGGUCUCGCACAUACGCAGCUCUGAAUAUAUAUAUCACGCAUUAAGCAAGACUCCUGUAGGACUAAUAACAUUUAGUGAAGAUCACUAUCAAAUGCAGGCCAGUCCAGGUUACAAAGCUUGUCCAUACAGCAAGGUGUGUGCUAGCGAUACACUUUGUUAGUUUUUGUCAGUUGAAGCACGGCUGUCAGUAUCAUCAUCAGCUUCUAAUUUUCCCUUUCUGUUUUUCUCACACGAACACGUAUGACACACACACACACAUACGUCAUUAUUAAGUGAGUGAGAGAGAGAGAGAGAGCGACCUGCCUAUCUGUUGUCACGGUUCAAGAGUCCAAGACAUGCUUUUGCGAAGAUGCCUUCGACAUUUUCCACUUUCGCUCUAGUAAAGAAGCUGUGAAUGACGCGAACGUGCUAACCAAUACUCAUAUAUAUAUAUAUAUAUAUAUAUACACACACAUACAUAUAUGUAUAUACGCGCGCGUGCGCAUACACAUACAUUGAUACAUACAUGCUGACCACUAAUCUACACGGACGAGUACAUGUCUACGCACAACACCGUUCCAAGUCUGUAUCACCAUUAAAGUAGUCGUUUUCCUGCUUCAAUAUAUCCAUCUUCUGUCGCUCGAGCUUUGUCGAAGACAAAUCUGCUUUACGUAUGUGCACAGCGUACAGCAAACACGUUUUUUUAUAUGUGCACAGCAACCUGGGUGCCGACGGAAGCUUAUACCUAAAACCCAGAAAGCGGCAGUGUUAUGACGGAAACAUACUAGGGUACAUUCACAUAGCAGCAGUGUGUGAAAUUUGACAAACAUGAGAAGAUAUGUAUUCGUAAAAUACUAUUUAGUGACAAAACAGAAUAACAAAGGAUGAAUGAAAAACAAUUUUGGCAUGUAGACAUUGAAGAUGCUUUUUUAACUUCACAUUGCAUCAAUGUUGCCGUUUGGUGGUGGUCAACAACCACAGAGGUCAGUCAUUCGUCCGGACAUGGUGUGGAUUGUGUCGGUGGGAAGUAGACCAGAUUCGAACUGUGGACAGAUUCCACAAAAUCCAGAGUUGACGACCUCCUCUGACAGUGAAAGUGAAGAAAAUUCUGCAAGCCAAAAUGAUAAAGUAUUAGCGGAUGAUAACCAAUCUGACAAAAACUCUGCUUCUAGGAUUUCUAUACCUAUUACAUAUGCUGAACCUUUUACAGACACAUUAACUGAUGGAGGAUGAAGAAUGAGGGGUACAAUACAAAGACAAGCAUAAAAUAUUCCAGUUCUGUUGGAAGUAAACAAUCUUUGGACAGUGAAGAUUCAGGUUCAUCACAUGAACAACUGGUGACUUCGGCCUCCAGUCAAAGUACAUUGCAGAUGAUGAACACCAAAAAAUGGCUUGGUCUGAAGUCUGGAGACAAAAAUUUUCGCCAACAAUUAGAUGGAAUAUUUCAAAAUGAUAAAAAACCAAAGAAACCAAAAACAAGGAAGAAAUCUGAUGCUGAUUCGUUAUCUGAACAAGAGGAUGAUCAAAAUGUUGAAUCAACUGAUCAAUUAUCAGAAUGUGGGAAGGAAAAUUCAGUGAUGCAAUCCCCUUUAUCUAAAAAGACUCAUACUUUACCUCGUUCCUUCUCUUGUGAUGAGCGCCAGCCUCCAAGACAUCAACAGAACAGUAUUCGACAGCGAACAGAGAUUAACAACAAUGUCCACCGACGAACUUGUCGUUACCUUUCUGAUUCUUCGGUUCCACCACGUUCUACUACAACUGGGAUACAACGCCAGCUCUCACAACAUACUAGUCGGAAGGUAACCAGAUCACCAGUUUCAACAACUAAAAGACUUACCAAAAGUCAGCAUAAUCUUUCACAAAAUAUCGAUUAUGCAAAUCGCUCCCAGAGUCUUGGGGAUCUGACAAGUGAGCCCAGGCUAUCAUUACCCAACAGUUCACAGAAAUCUCAUGAGCCUGCUUCCACAAAGCUUUCCUCUGCAUCUUCCAGCCGAACUUUAACAAGCACUUUAAGUAGGACCACUUCUCGAUUAACGGCACAAAAGACAGCAAGUGGCCUCUAUUCCCAUCGACUUGAUAAAACUAAAUCACUUCAAGAUUCUCAGUCUCAUAGUUUAGACACAGUAAAUAGUUGUAAAAAAACACAAUCAUCUGAUACUUUGCAUCGCAGUCUAUCUAAGUCAUCAUUACAAUAUUCCAGCCGACCCGUAUCACAUAUGACUCAUGACAAUCAGCAUCCACACUCCUCGACAUCACACUUAAAACAACAAAGUCCUCAGGUACAUAUACAAAAACAUGAAACACCUCUACAGAAAACUGUAUCAGAUGGUCAACAACGUUAUAGAAGUACAAAAGUUUUCCACCCACUGAAUGCAUCCCUAUCUAGACAAAUCAAUAAAAUUUCGAAAGCCAAUUCUGUCCCACAACAAGAAAGUCACAAUCUUUACAAUGACCCACCAAAACCAAUGACUCAAAUCCAUACAUUUUCUAAAAGUAAUGUUCUUGAUCAACAUCGAAAAUAUGGAAGUACUGAUUCUAUUAACAAGCUUAAACCUAGAAGGAGCUUACCACGUGUUCCCAGUCAAAGUAUAGAUGAAAAGCGUCGUAAGUUCACAGAAUUGAUGAAGCAGCGAAUUUUAUUGUGUAGUGCUGGAAGUUCAAACAAUAGCCAGCAUGCUGAUACACCUUUAGACUAUGAAGUCUCUUCUCUCCUCUCUCUAAAUGACAUUGAUACUGAUGAUAACUGCUCAGAUAAACUAAAAUUUAAACCUAUUGAAAGUGCUGCAGAUGUCUGGAAGUUCCGAAGUUUACAAGAUCUUUCAGUUGAAACUAAUCUUCAUCAGAGCCAACCUCCAGUUGAAUGGAAACAAGUUGUGCCUGUGGUCUGUGUUGAGAACUCUGACAGUAAUCUUACAAGCCAGAUAAAUGCUCGUUCUCACAGCAGCACUGUAGAUUCUGGCUAUAGUACUAUUGACACAGAAAUUGAGCCAUGUCAUUCUUCAAGUAAACUCAAAGCACCUGGCUACUACAAACCAGAAUUUGACAAAAGGCUAGUGAAAACUAAAGAAUAUGGCUCAGUUGACUGCUUGAAAGCAAACACACUUUCAACAAGUAAAAGCUACCUCUACCAACAUUCUCCGAAAUCGAAGCAUGAGCAAGAAUAUUCAACUCUUUUAUCCGCAAAGUCAGCUUCUUUAUAUAAUGGCAGCAAAUGGGAACCAAAAAGCCUAUCAAGUCAAACACUUUACUCUAGGUCUUCCAGAAAGUUAGAUAAUCCACACACAAUUCUAGAGACUACAAAAUCUUUUUCACAAACUAUGAGCCCUAGGAAAACUAACAUUACUGCUCUAAAUGAUAAUAGUAUCAAUUCUAUAUCAAGUCCCACUCAGUCUGGAAGCAAGUCUCCAGUAACCCCAACUCCUGAUUCUGUGCCAAAUGCUAGUCUUUAUCAGUUGAUACAAAUGUAUAACCUUUAUCCUACUCAAGUGGAUGUUUACAAUCUUUGUAUAUCAAAGUUUAUUUCUCUUGAAAGAAAAACCAUACAUUUACCUACAUCAACUAGCUUUGGGAAAUCUAGUCCCUGUAGUAGUGGAGGGCAGCCGAGUGUACCCCAGGGGAAAUAUGCUAAACUUGGUGGUCCUGGAAGUGCCUUCCGGCCAGUACGGGGCUGUAGUGCAAGUUUAUCUAGCAUGUGUGAAGUAAGCAUGACUGCUAUAAGGAUUAAAUCUGACUGUAAAUCACCCCCUCCACUAGAAUUGUUAUCUAUUGAAGAUGGAGAUCUUAUUGUAGAGGUAAAUGGGAUAGUUGUCCUUGAUGAAAGUAUCAAAGCUAUCCAGAAGAUAAUUGACAAUGUCACCGAUUCAUUGCAGCUAAUUCUAGCUCAUCCAAAACAGGCUAUUGGUUGUCGGAGUUUGUCCAGUUGUUCCAAUAUUUCUGCUGCAGAGGAUAUCCAAACCCUGAAGGAACGUAUUAAACUGCUAUUGACUGAAUUAGAUCAUAAAGAGAAAGUGAAUCGAGAAAGAAACUCUGCUCCCAAUCUCCUCUCUUCUUCUUCUUCUACACCAUCAAAUCACUCGUCGUCUUGGUUAGCACCCUCCCCUAACCGAACUGAACAUCGGCCAUAUUAUGAUGACUGGGAAAAGAAUCUAGAGUCUAUUAAACUUGGGGAAGAUGAAUUUGUAGUAUAGCUGCAAAUGACUAAAGCAGAGUCUAUAGUAGAGAUGAUAUGUAAUAUCAUUUAUUAUUUUCAUAACUUAUUAAAUAAAACGCAGGACGUGCCUGAUAUUAUUUUCUGGAAGUCCUUAAAAGGUUUUA